AAACCCAUGGAUCUAUCUCUACCAACUCCUAGCGACUUUCCAGCAUUUCCGUUUGCCACUCCAUAUCCUAUCCAAGUGCAACUUAUGCAGCACCUCUAUUCGUCAAUCGAAAACAAAAAGGUUACCAUCGUCGAAAGCCCCACCGGGACGGGAAAAACGCUUAGUUUACUGUGUGCAAGUCUUACUUGGCUAACGGACGAGCGUAAUCGCGCCAAGAAAGGCAUAUUGGAUGCUCUUGGGACUGAGACGGAAGCGGGGCGGGAUUGGGUUCUUGCUCAGACACGUACCCGUCGCGCUCGUGAGCUGGAAGAUGAGGAGCGCGACUAUGAAACACGCCUUCAGGAGGCGAGAAAGCGAGAGCAGGCCAUGAAGAAACGAGCCCAUGGAAGAGUUACAAAACGACCCAAAGUUGCUGAAGACCAGCAAAGUGACGACCCUGAUGAUGCUUUCCUUCCUGAUACUGCGCCUGAAGAUAAUAUCUCGCCUGAGGUUCGCGUAAUGGAGAAGGGGAUAACCAAAAACUCUUUCUUUGACCAGGAAGAAGAGCCCACGUGUACUAAAAUCUACUACGCCUCACGAACGCACUCCCAACUGUCGCAGAUCCUACCGGAAUUGAGAAGGCUAAAGCUCUCUCCUAUGAACGAGUCGUCUGAUCGUACCAGCGAUUGCGCACCUGGAACUAGCCGAAAACGUUCUGCGCCAGAAGAUAACGAAGAAACACCAGUCGCGUACACUCGGACAGUCGCACUUGCAUCUCGAAAACAACUCUGCAUCAACGACAAAGUUCGAACGAAAAACAAGGAUAUUGAUGAAGGCUGUCGUGAACUUCUAGAAGAAAAGGGAGAUAAACGAUGUCAGUACCUGCCUCCCCUCGGAGAAGAGGAGCGAAUGUUAGACUUCCGAGACCAAAUUUUGUCAGCCCCAAAGGAUAUCGAAGACCUUGCGUCGGUUGGUCGGCUAGCGAAUACAUGCCCUUAUUUUGGCUCUAGAAGGGCGAUACCCCAAGCUGAAGUCCGUUUUCUCAACCUUCCGACUGAUCCACUGAAUUCGAUGCAGCUGGUUACCCUCCCUUACAAUCUUCUCAUUCAAAAAACUGCAAGAGAAGCUCUCGGUAUUGAUCUAACAAAUCAAGUUGUUAUCGUGGACGAGGCCCACAAUCUUAUUCCGACCUUACUAUCGCUGUCGACCUGCCGUCUCUCAUCAUCCCUGCUCGCUCUUUCCCUCUCACAAGUCUCGGUUUACGUCAACAAGUUUCGAGCAAGACUGUCGGGGCAUAACCUUGUUCGUCUCAAGUGGUUGAUCCUGUAUCUGGAGGCACUGAAAAAGUUCGCGGAAGACUGGCAACUCAAAAAAGCCAAGGAGCAAGUCAUCACUGUAGCAGAGCUUCAAGAAAAGCUGGGUCGACAGGCAGCAAGCAUCAAUUUACUCGAAGUCGAGCGCUACCUAAGGGAUAGCAAGAUCGCAAGAAAGAUAGCUGGAUAUGCUAUUAAGGAAGCGGAGAAUGAAACGGACCCAAAGCUACGUCCGCGUCGCGGAGCUGUCCCACCCCUACAUACGGUGGAAGCAUUCUUGCUCUCAUUAACGGCGGCCAACGAAGAUGGACGGCUAACACUCUCCCUGUCGCGCACCACUUCUGGUAAAGAAGAGGUCGAGAUGAAAUACCAGCUGUUAAAUCCUGCUCCUCCGUUUCUGGAAGUCAUCGAAUCUGCUCGUUCCGUCAUUUUGGCUGGCGGAACGAUGUCUCCGAUCCCCGAUGUGAUCAACCAACUCUUUUCUUACCUUCCUUCCGAUCGGAUAACUAGUUUCUCUUGCGGACAUAUCAUCCCUGAAAACAAUCUGCAAGCAGUUGUGGUGGGUAAAAGCCCCCGAGGAGGAGAGCUUGAGUUCAAAGCAGACAAGCAGAAAGAUGAAGGAGUCAUUGCAGAGCUUGGCCAAAUCUUGCUCAACUUCGCAGCCCUCAUUCCCAAGGGCAUGGUUGUAUUCUUCCCAUCUUACAGCUUUCUCAACACGGCAAAAGCAGUAUGGCAAAAGAGUGGCGCCAUUGCUCGAUUCGAAGCUAAGAAAAAGGUUUUCUUUGAACCAGAACAAGCCAGCCAAGUGGAGCAAAUCCUGCAAGAAUAUGCCUCAGUGAUCCAACAGUCAGACUUAACGGAUAAACCGAAAGGUGCACUGUUGUUUGCAGUGAUUGGAGCAAAGUUAUCGGAGGGAAUCAAUUUUGCGGAUGAUCUUGCCCGAGCUGUCGUGGUUGUCGGGCUUCCUUUUGCAAACCUGGGCUCUGCUGAACUACGGGAGCGCAUGAAAUACGUCAAUCAGCUUGAGAAACAGCGAGGCUCGCAACGACCUGCAGGCCAAAAAGAUGCAGCUGGUGAACUCUACGAGAACAUGUGCAUGAACGCAGUCAAUCAGAGUAUUGGCCGAGCGAUCCGCCACCAGAAUGAUUGGGCAUCACUGAUCCUCCUCGACAAACGCUAUGGCUCGCCCUCCAUUCGGAAAAAGCUGCCCCAGUGGAUUGGCGGACGGCUUUUAGUUAGCGAUGGAUUUGGCAAGGCGAUCAGGGAGCUCGCAUUAUUUUACAAGAAUAAAAAGAUUUUAUGA